AAUCAAGCGGUUCCACCGGCCGCCGCCGCACCUCCCCAUAGAAACCCUAUUCCUCCGGUCCUCGCCCCCUCCGCCGCCAUUGCAGCGAUGAUGCCUCCCAUCCUCCCGCCCCCCUCCGCCGCCUACGAGCUCGUCCGCUGCGCCUCUGGCUGCGACUCCUGGGCUCCCCACCACGUCCGCCUCGACGGCGACUUGUGCCGCCUCUGCUCGUCCUGCGUCCUCUUAUCCAACCCGGACGCCUACUGCUGCGCCUGCCUCUUCCUCCUCUCCCCCAGCGUCUACGCCGCGGCCUCCCACGUCGACUUCUCGCCGGGCGACACCGCCCUCUGCUCCAGCUGCGGCACCUUCGUCGCUCACGUCGCCUGCGUCGCCGACCCGUUAUCCUUCGUCUGCCCGCCGUGCGCCGCCGCCAUCGACAACAGGGCCUUCUCGUACGAUCUCGACGGGAGAACGCUGGACGCUCGCUCCGCCCGCAUCCUCCUCACCGCGGCGCUGCUCGCGCACGACACCGCCUUGCGCCACGCCGCCGAGGCGCGCGAGAAGGCGGAGCGUAGCGUCCAGGAGGCCGCGGCCGCACGGGCGCAAGCGCGAGCCAUGCUGGACGAGGCGUUUCGCGCUGCGGAGGCGGAGGCCUGCAGGGACGCCGAGGAGCAGGUUACGCCAUCCGCGCCCGCCGUCGAGCAGGUCGCGCCAUCCGCGCCCCAAGUCGAGUCGAUCAAGAGGAAGACGCCACAGAGCAACGGGCCCAAGAAGAAGACCCCGAAGAGCAACGAGGUGAGCAACAAGCUGCUCAAGUUCAACGACAUGCAGCAACAGGCGACGCUGGCGUUUGCCACCACCGCGGCCGCUGCUGCAGCCUGCCCAAGGUCAUCGCCGAUGCCAUCAUCAAGAUUGGACAGGAGUCAAGUGAAGCAGGAGGCCAUGCCAUUGCCGGUGCCAUCGUCAAGAUCAAUCCAGAAUCAUGCAGAGAUCGGAGGUUCAGCAGACAGAGCGGCGACAGGUGACUACAGGGAGCUCUUCGGCGCAUUGCAAUGGUGAGAUUGUUGUGCCUUCCAUGCCAUGCAUUGUGUUGGUGGUGCACCUAUGCAAUCCCAGAAUUUACGGAACGCAAAGUUCCAGGGUCAAAGGAUCCCUUCAAUUGUGAAUUUCUCAUACUGUAGAUUCUAUCAAUGAGGAGGUGUUAGCUGAUCGUAUUCAGACGAUUGUUUUCAUCUUAUAUAAGUACUAGAUGCUUUACAUACUUUAUCAGUUCUGCUAUUGAUAGAAAACAAGUAUAUGUCGCUGGUGGACAGUAGAUGAAAUGGAUUCAGAUACAAAUUUCGUACCA